UUCCCGCGGAGACCUCGCGAGCGGAGCCCCGGGGGCGGGCUGCGCCGUGGCCCCGCCCCUCGGGAGCGCGGGCGCGCGGUGGCGGGAAUUUCGCCGGUGCCUGACGGAGAGCUGGCCGACGCCGGGGUUGGAGUCCCAGAGGGGGUGUAGGGCAGAAAAAGUGAAUAAUGGAAAACUGUUCCGCUGCGUCGACGUUCCUGACCGACAGCUUGGAACUGGAGCUGGGGACAGAAUGGUGCAAACCCCCUUGCUUUUCUUGUGGUUUUGACAACAGAACAGGAGGAAAUCAUUUUUCUGGAGAGUCCUACCUUUCCAGCGGAGCCCUUAAACGAUUAAUUUUGAAUCUUGAUCCUUUACCAACUAAUUUUGAAGAAGAUACAGUGGAAAUAUUUGGCAUUCAGUGGGUUACUGAAACAGCAUUAGUGAAUUCAUCAAGAGUUCUCUUUCAUUUAUUCAGGCAGCAGCUGUACAAUUUGGAAACCUUAUUACAAGCCAACUGUGAUUUUGGGAAGAUAUCAACCCUACACUGCAAAGCAGACAGUAUUAGGCAGCAGUGUGUGACAUUUCUUCAUUAUGUCAAGGUUUUCAUCUUUAGGUACCUGAAAGUACAAAGUGCUGAGAGUCCUGUUCCUGUCCAUCCCUAUGAAACUUUGGAGGCACAACUACCCUCUGUGUUGGUUAAUGAACUCCAUGGAUUACUUUUGUAUAUUGGACAUCUAUCUGAACUUCCCAGUAUUAAUCUAGGAGCAUUUGUAAAUCAAAACCAGAUUAAGCUUUUUCCACCAUCGUGGCAUUUAUUACAUCUCCACUUAGAUAUCCAUUGGCUGGUGCUAGAAAUUCUUCACAUGCUUGGUGAAAAAUUCAAACAAGUUGUAUACGGUCAUCAGUUUAUGAAUCUGGCAGGUGACAAUUUAACAAACGUCAGCCUAUUUGAAGAACAAUGUGAAAAUCUCCUUUGUGAUUUAAUAAGCCUGUCACUCAACAGGUAUGACAAGGUUAGGCCUUCUGAAGCAUUAGCAAGUCACCACUGCUCAUGUUCGUGCAUUAAAGAAUUAUGGAUUUUACUUAUUCAUCUUCUAGAACACAGAAAUAAAUGGUCUCUUUCAGAACCAUUUUGGAACUGGUUGAAUAAACUACUUAAAACACUCUUUGAAAAGUCGAGUGACCGAAGACGACUCUCUGUGCCUGUAAUCCAGCCCAGGGAUCCAUUAGGUUUUAGUUGGUGGAUCAUCACUCAUGUAGCAUCAUUUUACCAGUUUGAUCGCCAUGGAACACCAGAUGAAAUGAGACAAAUGGAAUCAAAUUGGAGUUUUGUAGAAGAACUACUCAAAAAGUCCAUCAAUGUUCAGGGUGGUGUUCUAGAAGAACAAUUACGAAUGCAUCUUCACUGUUGUUUGACACUUUGUGAUUUCUGGGAGCCAAACAUUGCAAUCGUCACCAUUCUAUGGGAAUAUUAUAGUAAGAACCUGAAUAGUUCUUUCAGCAUCUCUUGGCUUCCUUUAAAAGGUCUUACAUACGUUAUUAAGUCACCCUUGUCAAUGCUAGAAAUGGUGAAGACCUGCUGUUAUGAUAAACAAGAUAAUGACCUGUAUAAAUCUAGCAGUAGUUACACCAUUUUCCUUUGUAUUUUGGCAAAAGUUGUUAAGAAAGCAAUGAAGAACAAUGGCCCUCAUCCUUGGAAACAAAUCAAAGGAAGAAUAUAUUCUAAAUUCCAUCAAAAAAGAAUGGAAGAACUGACAGAGGUUGGUCUUCAGAACUUCUUCAGUCUUUUUCUGCUGUUAGCAGCUGUUGCAGAAGUGGAAGAUGUAGCAAGUCAUGUUUUAGGCCUCCUAAAUUUCCUCAAGCCUUCCUUUGUAACAUCUUCCCUCAUUUGGAAGGGUCAAGUGGCCUUCCUCUUGAUGUAUACCCAGAAAAAUCUGGACAUUGGUGUUUUGGCUGAGAAAUUUUCAGGUGCUUUCCGAGAGAAAGCAAAGGAAUUCUUGGUAUCUAAGAAUGAUGAAAUGGGACAAAGACAGACUCUCUGGACACUUCUUUCCAUCUAUAUUGAUGGUGUUCAAGAAAUAUUUGAGACUAGCCAUUGCUUACAUUCUUCGCAUGAAAAACUGCUUAAUGAUGGAUUUAGUAUGCUUCUGCGAGCUUGUCAAGAAUCUGAACUUAGGAUAGUACUGAGCUUUCUACAAGCUGUUCUGGCCAGAAUCAGGAAUAUGCAUCAACAAUUGUGUCAGGAACUUCAAAAGGAGAAUGUGGACCUAAUUGUGCAGUCUUCAUUAUCGGCUAAAGAGCGCCACCUUGCUGCAGUUGCCAGUGCACUAUGGAGACAUUUCUUUUCAUUUUUGAAGAGUCAGAGAAUGUCACAGACCGUGCCUCUCUCAGAACUUGCAGAUGCAGCUGCAGAUUUUACUUUGCUAGCAGUGGACAUGCCCAGCACAGCUCCAUCAGAUCUUCAGCCCCAGCCAGUUAUAUCAGUGAUGCAACUUUUUGGUUGGGAUGAUAUCAUCUGGCCCAAAGUUGUAGCAAGAUAUUUAAGUCAUUGCCUACAAAAUAGCAUGUUAUGUGAAGCACUUUCUCAUUCAGGCUGUGUAUCUUUUCAAGCCUUAACUGUAAGAUCAUGGAUUCGUUGUGUUUUGCAAAUGUAUAUAAACAACCUCUAUGUGCCUGAUGAUUUGUUCCUUGAUACAAAUCCUGGACAGAUAGUUGAAAAAGAGUACUUGGAACAGUUGGCUGAACUGACAAGGUUGCUAUAUAAACUCUCAGAAGUAAGGAAUAUUUUCUCAAAAGCUCAGAUUGAAUAUUUCUUCAGUCCAGAAGACCCUACAAAAGCACUUGUUCUAUUUUUUGAGGCUGUUGGUAUUACUUAUGGGAAUCUGCAGACACUUUCUGAUAAAUCUGCCAUGGUCACAAAGUCCUUAGAAUACCUUGGUGAAAUAUUAAAAUAUAUAAAACCUUAUUUGGGAAAAAAAAUUUCCAGUGCAGGGCUGCAACUGACGUAUAGGAUGAUGGGAAUUCUUGUUAAAUCAUGGGCACAGAUCUUUGCCACCUCUAAAGCCCAGAAACUACUAUUCCGGAUCAUAGAUUGUUUAUUGCUGCCACAUACAGUCCUACAGCAAGAGAAGGAGCUGCCUGCACCUAUGUUGACUGCAAUUCAAAAGAGUCUUCCUUUGUAUCUCCAGGGCAUAUGUAUCGUGUGUUGUCAAUCUCAAAAUCCAAAUGCCUAUUUGAACCAAUUGCUAGGGAGUGUUAUUGAGCAGUACAUUGGGCGGUUUCUUCCUGCUUCCCCGCAUGUUUUAGGUCUCGGACAACACCCUGUUUUGUUGGCAUUGAGAAACUCCACCACUGUUCCACCUAUGUCACCUCUAAAGAAAUGCAUCAUACAAGUCAUAAGGAAGUCCUACUUUGAAUGUAAAGGGUCCUUGCUCCCUCCUCGCUUAGCAUCUAUUCUGGCCUUCAUUCUGCAGCUCUUCAAAGAAACUAACAUAGACAUUUCUGAGGUUGAACUGCUCCUCCCUGGCGUCUUAAAAUGCUUGGUGUUGGUCAGUGAACCCCAAGUUAAAAGGCUGGCCACAGAGAACCUGCAAUACAUGGUAAAAGCCUGCCAAGCGGGGUCAGAGGGAGAACCUGCCACCCAGCUGACUUCUGUGUUUAGGCAUUUUAUCCAGGAUUAUGGUAUGAGAUAUGAUUAUCAGAUUUACAGCAUUCUAGAAACAGUAGCAGCAUUGGAUCAGCAGGUUGUUAUCCACUUGCUUUCUACCCUCACUCAGUCUCUGAAGGAUUCAGAGCGGAAAUGGGGCCUUGGCAGAAAUAUUGCACAAAGGGAAGCCUAUAGCAAACUUUUAUCUCACCUAGGACAAGUGGGACAAGAUGAAAUGCAGAGACUGGAGAGUGAUAAUACCUAAUAUAUUUUGUGAUUUGCCUUCUCUCUUAACUGUCCAAAGCCACUUUGCACUGCAAUUGUAUAACAUUCUGUUAAAAAUGCUUUCAAGGAUUUUUUAUUCUUACAUACCUGUAAGUAUAAAGUACAUAAAUAAGGAAAUAAAAGUUAAGUAAAUGUAUUACUUAACUUUGGAAGUUGACCAAAUUGCAUUCUCUUUUGAAGAGUUUAUAGUUAAACUAAUUUAAAGUAACUUUUUCUGACUGGGAGUGUUUCUGUGUAUGUCUGUGAAGCAGGUUUGUACUGGUUGACCCAGGGCCUUCUCACUGUAAUAUGACUUUCUGCCUUGUGAGUGAUUUGUGUUUGUUUCUUACAAGUUAUGUUUUACUAUGAUUUUUUUUUUCAGGUUACUUGGCUAUUCUAUGCUGAUUUUUGUGAAAGGGGAAGAUUCAGGAGAUAGGAUCGUAUGUUUGCCGUCUUUUGUAAUACCAUGUGUGAGGCAAGAGAAUAAAUAUCCAGCACACUUAACUCUGCGGAAUGAGGCAGGGUCUGGCUAAAUUAAUAUACAGAUAGCAUGUAAGAUAUUUUAAAACUUAAGCCAGCAGUGUUUAUGCUUAGGUUCUAACAAUUGACAGAUUUUUCUUCUCUAGCCAUCCUGUGUUUUUUGGAAAUUUAUUAAAACACAUAUCAGGAGAAGUAUAAAUAAGAGCUUUUAAGAAAAGACAAUAAAUAAUAUUUCUAAAAAUCUUAAGAUUACAAAUUAACAGAAGAGGUCUAGAAGUCAGCUGAUUUAUCUCCUUGCUCUUCAGUUAGAGCCUCUUAAUAAUUUAGCAUUUUAUUUAUUUACAGGAAACCAGUUUAGUUCCUUUAGCAGCUCUGUGUCUCAACUCUUUAACUAUUUCAUCCAGAUUUUUAUUUUACUGAUUGGGCUUUUGUCCUUGACUCCAUUUUGUGGUGAGCAUUAUUAGGUAAAAGAAAUCCAGUCAUAGUGUUAGGAACCUACCUAGUUCUCAAACCCCAGCUCUGCUUUAUAAACUUGAUCAAGUUACUUAACCUUGUUAAGUUUCUCCAUGGAGAAAAAAGAAUAAUAUUCCUUUUUCUAUUUCACAGCAUUAUGGUAAGAAUCAGUGGAAUAAUGUAUGUGAAAAUAUAUUGGUGACAUAUGUUCUGUUUGAGGCACAGGGACAUGAUCAUUCAUGCACAGAAGUAAAGAACACCUCUUAAUUUUGUUCCACUGUCUCUAGUAUGUCCUAGAUGAAUGAUCCCCUUUUUCUUCAAACUUUGUCUUACAUGUCAUGUUUGCUAACUUUAUAAUAACUGUUUUCUUCUUGGGACUCCAGUCUUUAUCAUGGUUCUACUAUUCCCUCCCUUUUCUGACUCAAGAAGUAUCUUUAAAAAUGAAAUAUAUUACAAUCAGUGAAAUCUAGUCAUUAGUCCUCUCCUAACUUUUCUCUGUGAAUUCUAAGUGAGUACCUUUUGUUUUCAUAACUUAACAGUCUGUUUCCGCCCCCACCCAAUCUAUUCCACAGUCAUUACUUCCACAAGCUGGAUGAAUAAAAGCCUCUUUAAGGUUACUUAAUAGACUUCACAGUAAUGAGUUUCUCUUUUUUAUGAUGGUGACUUAUUAAGCCUAUAUCACUUGGCAAGUUUCUGCAAAUGAAUUUUAAUCGGCUUAAGGUGAUGCUUUUAAAGUAGUUAUUUAUGUGUGUGUGUGUACAUAUAUAUUUGUUUUCCAAGUGGGAUUGAUAUCUGAGAAUCUCACUCCUUAGUAUAUGAAAUGUUUAAGGCUGAGAAAUGCUGCUUCUGAAUCAUGCAUUAGAUAUAUAGAUCUGUAGAUGCUAAGAAUAAAUAGUUUGUACUUCAAAAAUCAAGAACAAAAAAAAAUCUGUGACUGUACUUGUAUUAUAUGUAUAUACAUGAGUGUUUAUUUAUAUAUAAGUAAAGUCUAAAAGAUACUUUUUUUAAUUGAAGAAAUUUUUGGACUCAGUUCAUUUUCUUGAAAAUCUUCACAGACCCAUCACUUAUUCACCUGAAUAACCAAUCAUCUCUAGAGCUGCUGCUUCUACCACUAUAAUGUCAGCCAUUCACUUUUAGUGAUAUCUAAGACUACGUUCUCAUUUCUUAUGUUCUUUGGCCUUACGUUUGCAUUUUCCUUUAUCUUCUCAGCCCUUCUCAGUGGUGUUUGCUCCUUCCUACAUACUGUACUCUGAAAGCACCUUCAUGUUCUUUCUUGUCCCCAGUGGUAAGAUCUGGCCCUUCCCUCACUCUGUCUCAAAAUUCUUCUAGUAGUAAAUUGAUAACACUAAGUCAUAAUUCUAUCUAUAAAAUCUACUUCUAGUGCUAAUUUCUUUCUAAACCCCUCUAGCCACUGGAUCCUCCUGAAAUCUCAAGGCAACAUGUCAAGCUGCCCUUAUCACCUGUUUUAAACUAGCUCUUGCCUUUCUUUUCUACCCAGGGGAUACACUAUUUUCCCAAGUUAUUUAACCUUGAAACUUCAAAAGCAGCUUGGAUUCUUACCUGUUCCCCACUUUCAGUAAUCACCAUGAUGGGCUCUUGCUGUUCUUUUGUUUUUGUCAUCCUGGCUGUCCCAACAGUCUUUUGGGUGCUACUGAUCUCUUUCUUAUCUCCCCAUCUAUGAUCUCCUUUCCUGCAAUUUAACCUCACACAGUAACUGACAUUAGUGUUUCUAAAAUAUUAUUUUCCUCGUUACUUUUCUGCUCAAGGACAUCCACUUACUUCCCAGUGUCAGUAAGCUGACAUUCAAACCUCAGAAAGUAAGGAGACUUUGCCAUUUGACUCUACCUUUCCUGUGUAAACUGAACUCAAACAGAUUAGAAUGCCUUAGAACAUCUGAAGGCCACGUUCAGUCUACACUCUGAGCCUCAUUCAUUUUGCCAGCAUAGAACACCACCCUUUCUAUAGAAGCCUAAUCUUAAGACACUAAAAUAGGAAGAUGGUUAAAAUAUAUUUUAGAUAUAUGAGUAUUCCAGUCAAAUUUCUGUAAAGUAUCAGAUGGAAUGUAAAAGAGAUGAUUGAAGGACAACAGGGUGAUAGAAGGACUUUAUUAGACAUUCAGAUUUGGUUAUGAUUUAAAUUUUAAUUGAACAUUUAAUUAGGUUUUCAUGGGGGAGUAAAAAACAUGGAAUAUGAUCUCUGUACAAAAAUCACUCAGUAUUGAAAUCAUUUGCAUUAGAAGAGUUUCAUAGUUUAAAACUUUUAUAUCUUUAUUCCUAGCAUAUUUUUUCUUAAGCAUAUUUGACUUUUCCUACCUGGACAUCUAUAUAAAAAAAUACUUAUCUGUAGAUUGUGUGUUCCUUACCCAUUAUUAUUAUCUUCUUCCACGCUUUGUCACAAAUUUUUAAAACGACUUUGUUCUUAAAGAAUUACACAUACUUUAACAGAGUCUUUUGACAGUUUUUAUUUUUAAUUCCCCUUUGUUAAGAUAAUCUGCUGUAUAAAAAUUUGACAAGCUUCUGCAAUUGGGAAAAGCCUCUAGGAAACCUACCUUCCCUAAAUCCUAUAGACUUUACGUAAACCUUACAUUUUCCAAAAACUGAUCUCCUGCCUACUCUCUUCUAAGGUUAAAAAUACUACCUUGUCAGUCAAGUGUAGAGUACACCAAUAUAAAUACCAUGCCUUGCUUAAAACAGUUGAUUUGGGAAGCUAGCAAAGUAGCAUAUUCUUUCAGAUAUUUAACAAUAUGUAAGAUUUGUAUUAGGAUUCUGUGAUGAUCUAUAUUGGUAAGGUUAACAAAGAAGUACCACAUGGUUGGAAUUAAAUAAUUUCUGCUUAUUAAAGUUUUUGGUGUGUUAAUAGUUAUCCAACUUACUGCAUUUGUGAAAUGUGCUUUCAGAAAAAUUCUGGGCCUUCUUGUUAUAUAUUCAUGUUUAUAAGUUAAAUAUGCCUAUAAUAAUGAUAUAUAAUUUUUAAAUGUAUAUCUUUAAUUUGCACUUCAUCCAUGAAUAUUACACUUCCUUUUUUAUGAGAGAUUAUUUGAAAACCAAAAUAAAAAUGAGCCAUGUUACCUGAA